AUGUAUCGUCGUAGACAAUCUCGCAUCGUUGCGAUUCAAAUACUGUAUCAGAUUCAACUCUCCGCCGCUCCGGUGCCGAUUGUUAUGGAGCGAUUUUGGCAAAGCCAAGACACAUCGGUAGAACUCCGUCCCUUCGCGCUGGAACUCGUUGAAGGCACGACUGCGCACUUGGAGGCGAUUGAUACAGUACUUCAAAACACAUCCGAAAAUUGGAAACUCCACCGAAUGCCUGUCGUCGAUCUCUCUAUUCUGCGAUGUGCAACUUAUGAAAUUCUCUAUCUUGACGACAUUGAUCCGGCAACGUCGAUCAACGAGGCUAUUGAGAUUGCUAAAUCUUACAGUACCCCGGACUCCCCUAAAUUUAUCAAUGGUGUUUUGGACAAUAUCCACAAAAAACAUCCGGAUGUUCCUGAAUCUUAA